GCGCGGUGGCGGCGGCGGUGGCGGGAAGGUGUUGCGCACGGGAGACAAGAUCUCCAGUAUCGCCAGCAGACUGUUUCGCCUGCAGCACGGCGGCGAGGACGGCGGAGCGGCGGAGGCGAGAGGAGGAGGAGGAGGAGGAGGAGGAGGGACGUCGGCGCGCACGAACGGAGUGCACAGCCCGCACGACGGUCGUCGUGGCGACGGCGAGGAUGCCGCGAAUCGUCGGUCGCCGCCCCGCAGGUCUUCUUCGCCGCCGGCGCUGCGCGACCUCCAGCCGACCUCUCACGACGCGUUCUCUGGCGGCGGGGCCGGGGGCGGCGGCGGCGCGGGCGUGUCCUCCAUCUUUCCUCAGCACAUGUUCCCGAGUGCGCAGGUGUAUCAAUACCUGAUGGCACAGCAGGCUGCUCAGAUGCAGGCCUUCCACCCCGACCAGCUGAUGCACCAGGGGGCGCCGGCAAUGCACGCGGCAGCCUACAAGGACCUGCUACAGCAGGGGGCACCUGCAAUGCACGCAGCCGCGUACAAGGACCUGAUACAGCAGGGGGCGCCAGCAAUGCACGCGUCCGCGUACAAGGACCUGAUACAGCAGGGGGCGCCAGCAAUGCACGCGGCCGCGUACAAGGACCUGCUCCACCAGGGGGCACCACCAAUGCACGUGGCUGCGUACAAGGAUCUGCUUCACCAGGGGGCACCGGCGAUGCACGCAGCAGCGUACAAGGACCUGAUACAGCAGGGGGCAUACAUGGGCGUACUGCCUGGAAUGCCUAGUCCCAUGCUGUAUCCGUAUUUGAAUAAUAAGUGAGCAUACAUGAGUGCGGUGAUGGUGGCACUCUACCUGUCUGAAAUUGAACAUACCAUGUUAACCCCCCCCCCCCAUUUCCCCAUGCACGUGUGUGUCAGUCUGUCUGUUUGUUUGUUUGUUUGUUUGUUUGUCUACAUCCAUGUCCCUAAGUAAUCACACAGAGCACAACUGCAGUAGGAGCCCAUGUCUAGAAGGAGGCGCCAUUUAUGCUGAUGAUGAUAUAGGUGGUACCAUCGGUAAUGGUGAUGAUAUAGAUGGCGCCAUUGGUGGUGAUGAUAGUGUAGGUGGCGCCAUAGGUAAUGGUGAUGAUAUAGAUGGCACCAAUGGUUACCAGCUUUGUUUACAUCAUCAGUCCAAUGCGGAUGGACAAUGUCUGUGGUGUUGCCUGUUUCCUGUUGUGGCAUGGCUAGAUCAAUAUUAGCUGCGACCUAGAGUCUAUUUAUGACCUUGUAUAGCUGUAACCUUGGGUCUAACUGCGACCUUGGGUAUAGCUGUGACCUUUUGUCUGACUGUGACCUUGUGUCUAACUGUGACUAUUGGCAUAGCUGUGUUGUCUGGAUGGAUGGGGGGUGGGUCACAAAUCGUGUGCAUGGUGGGUUCUUGUGCCAGCUCUUGUUCAAAGAUUUACAACAACAUUCGCUCGCAGGGUUUCGCGCUCCUGUCUCUUACAAUCCUGCUUCGUCACAGAAUUCGACAGUGACGUCACACACUGGCGAGCCAUUGACGUCACGGUACUAGACGGUGAUGUCACAACAUGGCUAUCCAAUGACGGCACGAGAUGUGCGGGUCUUAUCGCGCGGGUAAUAAAAGAAUCAAAAUGGAGCAGGUUGGGUUGGAGUGGAUGCAAAAGCCAUCGAAUUGAGACUAAGAUUAAAUACAGAUUUUUACUUGUACAUAGCAGAUCGGUAGUUUAUAUUUUAGAUGGCUAUUAUCAUUAUCAUAUAUAUCUAUAUAUCUAUAUAUGAGGAGAAUGUGAAGUAUUAUUAUUAUUAUUUAGUUAAUUACAUUAUAGCCAUUGUAGUGAAAUGCAAAAAACCAUCAUGGGCAGGGGAUCAGGUUUAGGUCCUGGUACAUUUUGCAUAUUAAAUAACACAAACACGCACGCACGCACGCACACACAUAGGCACCCACACACACACACAGACAGACACUAUAUAUAUAACCGUGUGUGUUUGUUUGUGUGUGUAUAGAUAUGUAUAUAUUUGGCGUUGAUUAUUGUUAACAUUCUGUUUUACUAUAAAGUUAAGCUCAUCGCGUGGUGCAUUUAUGAAUCAUUUCACUUUUGACACAAAUAAAUUGUCUUCGUACCAAAUGUG